UAACAGAAGAACUACCAGAUGGCACCUAAGAAGAAUAAGAGCAGCAAACCUGUAGCGAAGAACUACACAUUUCCUCAAGGGUUUAAUGAUUUAUCUAAUGCCAAAUCAUUUUAUAUACCGACCCCAGAGUCAAUAGUUUCCGACCAAAUAAUAACCAUAAACAACUUCUUUUCAAAAGAACUUUGUAAUGAAUUAAUCAAGUCCUUUGAACAAGAAAUAUCGUUAGAGACAACUCCACUUAUAAAAAGCAAAGAAUAUGCAGCUAGAUUUAAUGAUCGUGCUUCAUUAACAGAUUUAAAAUCAGCUGAUACAUUAUGGAAAUAUCUUCGAAAGAUUCUUCUUCAAGAGGAAGACGAAUACAUAGACGAUGAAGGUCGAGAAAUCAGAGAAAUCUUUGCAAAUGCCCGUGGAUUAAACCCGCAAUUACGUGUUUAUAGAUAUAAAAAAGGACAUCAUUUUAAUAAGCAUUAUGAUGAAUCUGUUGUUUGUGAUAUACCACCCAACGGAACCAAGCGAGGAAAAACGAAAUGGACACUUUUAAUCUACUUGACUGGUGGAGAGGAGUUCAAAGGUGGAGGAACAAUCUUUUAUCCUGAAUUAAGAGGAGUCGAACCAUUAAACAUCCAUCCAAGUAAAGGAAUGGCUCUUUUGCAUAAACAUGGAGAUGAUUGUUUAAAACACGAAGCUGAAAUAGUGCAUGAAGGGGAAAAAUGGGUAUUGCGGAGUGAUGUAAUAUAUUAAUGGACAGUGAUGCAAGCAAUACAAUUCAUCAUUCUCUGAGCUGGAAUAUUACAAAUAGAAAAUAAACUUUCAAAGUUAACUUCGUGUCUCGGAUUAUAGACCUAUAGAAUAACUACACAUUUAAAUAUACCCAACAUUACUUAUACGUCUGUCGUUACCAGCUUAUUAAGAAAAAAUUCCUCAGUUUGGUUGAAAAUUUGACUGGUAUUAUUAGUAGCUUGUAAUCUAUCUCUAACCCAUUUACUCAACUUUAUUUGAAUUCUGGGAUAUUUAAAUCUAGAAUCGAUCAAAUAAAUAAUCGAGUAGUCUUUAAUGUGUCGAAUACUUCUCCCGAUACUUUGAUUCACUGCCCUCAUGCAUAGGUUUUCAUAGUAAUUCAUUGACUUUUCCUUAGCUUCAUUAUUAGUACCACCUUUUGAAAUAACAUUCUUUUCGAUAAAAUUCCGCUUGGCUACCAUUUCACCUGAAAACGCAUUAGGGUAAGGUAAUCCAACCAUUAAGACAGCUCUUGCUAAAUUAUCAGAAAAGUUAAUACCUUCAGACAUUUUCCCCC